CUGGGCUUGUGCAGCCCUGGGGCACCAAGCUGGCACGGGCAGCGUGUCACCAGCAGGGACCCCGAGGGCUCCUGGCCCCCCAAAUGCCCCCGAGCCCAGCCAAGGGCUCCGCAAGGGUGGGGACCCCGAGGGCUUCAGAUGCCACGUCCCAUCCCCGGGGACACAGCGGGACCCCCCCGCACCGCGUGUCCCCACAAAACCGCGCCUCUGCGCCUUGGGGCUGGGCGUUUGCCAAGGGUGGGGCCCCGGGGCGGGUCCCCAAGCUCCCGUCGGGGAUAAAAGGAGCCCGGGGGUGGCCUUGGCGACAGCGAUGGCGAGCUCGUGGAUGCUGCUGCUGGCGGUGCUGGGGGGAGCCUGCGCCCUCCCCGCCCCGGAGCCCUUCGCCUACACCCAGGCGCUGGCCCAGGCUGUGAAUUCCUACAACCAGCGCCCAGAGGUGAAGAAUGCCUUCAGGCUGCUCAGCGCCGAGCCCCAGCCCGAGCCGGGCGUGGAGCUGAGCUCGCUGCAGGCAUUCAGCUUCAGCAUGAUGGAGACGGAGUGUGCCGCCAGCGCCCGCAGCGACCCCGAGGACUGCGCCUUCAAGGAGAACGGGAUCAUCCGAGAGUGCGUGGCGUCGGUGAAGAUGCUGAAGGAGUUCCCCGAGAUCGACCUGAAAUGCUCCGACGCCUCCUCUGACGCCUCUUCCGACAUUUCCUCCGACGAGACCUCAGACCCGGGUCUGGUCGAGCGUGGCGGCUUCGGGCGCUCCGAGAGCAAGAUCAACUUCAAAUUCAGGAUCUGCUUGAUCUGCGCGAAAUGGGGCUGA